GAGCCAACCACACAGGGACUCCAAGAAGCCUUAAUAAAAGGCAAAGUGCAUCUUCGCUGGACGGUGUUGGAAACGAGGAGAAACCAACAGAGAAGAACACCAAAGGGCAACCACAAGGGUUUCUGCUUUUUGGAACACUCAACCCAGGCCUCCAGCCCAGCCCCGCCGCGAGCCGGGUGAGCGGCCGCUACCUCCUCUGCGUCUGCAGGACCCGAUCCUCCAUGAACUUGCCAAAACCCAAGCGCCUCCGCCGCGCACCGCAGCGCAGCCUCCGGCGCUCCGACGGGGAAGACGGUGAGAUCGACAUCCUGGGAGAGGAGGAAGAUGAAGACGAGGAGGGAGAGGAAGACGAAGAGGCGGCGGAGAGCCAGCGGUUCCUAGCGCAGCUGCGGCCGCCGGGGACGCCGGAGGCGCGGCGGGGCGCGGGCGCGCUUCCCCGAGAGCCCCCCGAAGGCGGCGGCGCCCCGAGCGACUCCUCCAAGUUUGGCACCGAGUUCAGGGCAUUGAGCGGCCCUGCGGCGGCCUCUGGGGACGGCCCGCAGCCGGCGAAGCCCCCCUACUCGUACAUAGCGCUCAUCACCAUGGCCAUCCUGCAGAGCCCGCACAAGCGUCUCACGCUCAGCGGCAUCUGCGCCUUCAUCAGCGGCCGCUUCCCCUACUACCGCCGCAAGUUCCCCGCCUGGCAGAACAGCAUCCGCCACAACCUCUCGCUCAACGACUGCUUCGUCAAGAUCCCCCGCGAGCCGGGCCGCCCGGGCAAGGGCAACUACUGGAGCCUGGACCCCGCCUCCCAGGACAUGUUUGACAACGGCAGCUUCCUCCGGCGCAGGAAGCGCUUCAAGCGCCACCACCCGCCGCCGGGAGUCCACCUGCACCACCCCCUGCCCCUGCCCGCCGCGCCCGCCGCCCUGCACGGCCCCUGCCCGGGCCUGCUGCUCGGGCCCCCAGCCCCGCCGCCGCCAGUCCCAGGGGCCUACCCCGCCGCCGCCGGCAGCCGCCAGUGCGUGCUGCUGCACCCUCACCCGCUUCGCUACCUGCUGCUGUCGGCCCCGGCCUGCGCCGAGACGCCCAGGAAAGCGCUGGGCGCCGACCUGGCCGCCACCGGCGCGUUCUCGGCGUGCAGCCCUCUCUGCGCUCCCAGCCUUGGGAGGAGGGCAAGGGGCCGGCGGCGCCGCCGCGAGACCGAUGCACCCCCUUCAGCAUCGAGAGUAUCAUGCGAGGGGUCCGGGGAGGGGGCACCAGGGCCAGGCAGGGUCUGCCCCCGACCCCGUGGGGCUAUUGCCACCUGCUGCAGCGCCCGGCGGGCCUGCGGGACCGUUUCAGAGCAGCCCCAGCAGCAGGGCUGUACCAGCGGCGGCGCUCCAAGCGAGGGCGCUCUGCUGGGCCAACACCUGUCCGCCCCCGCGGCGCUGCUGGGGUGUCAGCCUGGAGCAGAAGGCUCCGGGCUGACCACGGUGGCCAGCCUUUCCGGCAGAGAGGGUGCCUUGCCAGCCUUUUGAGGAGCAUCCACACCCUGUCCGGGCGCUGACUCCGCGGGGCGCAACUGCAGCCAAGGUGUAGUGCAGAGCAAUGAGGGGUCCCGCUCUCCUCGCCUUCUGCCUUCACGCACAACACCCUACACGGCAGGGACAACGCGGGUGCAUCUGAAUCCCUCAUCGGAACAACCACUAACUGAACCACAGUUCGGGUUACUGCAAAAUAUUUACAAAGCUCAAGUUGGAUACUGUCAGACAACCGGGACAUAAACAUCGGACGGCGGCAAUUCUUGUCCUUUUUCUUUUUCCAGCCUCCGGUUGUGGCUUCCAGGGCUUUUCCGGUUACACAUUUCCAGAGGAAGUAGGAGCGCAAGCAGGAUAUUUUGUUCUGGUUAAAAAGAAAGAAAGAAAAAGAAAAUACACAAUGUCCAAUGCAGACUUGUUUCCCCUUGUUUACUCCCUAGGAAUUGUAAAUAUUAGUCCCAAGUCA